UAAGGUGGAAACCAGGACUUCAAGCUUGAUGAUGUCCUCAGUUAAUCUAUCACUAGAUUAUUAAACAUUUUCGUGCUGGAUAGAUUCACAAAAAUGUGAAUGCCCAGUGUUGGGCCCCGUUCAGUUUCGUGUUGCCGGGACCUCAGGAGGACACUAUGCUGAGCAGCCUUUCGUGUUUCCUCCUCUAGCUAGCUAACCUGACAGCACCGUAACAUGAAGUUAUGGAGGAGCGAAAGCUAAAGAGAAAGAGUCCCAGGACCUCCACUAACUCGGCGGCUCCGACCGGUGGCUCUGGCCGGAAGAGCAGCGCUUCCGCCGGGGGACGGCACGUCGGCUACAAUACAGGGACCCACUCCAGCCAAAAGAGCAAGAACAGGAGGGGGGUCAGGGAUAAACCCAGGUAUCAGGUGGGUUUGGGUGGUAAAGCCAGUCAGAACCAGGGCCAGGCAGCACCUAUCAUCCAGCACUCCUUUCUGACCGAUGUUUCAGAUGUACAGGAGAUGGAGAAUGGCCUGCUCAGUCUCCUCAAUGACUUCCACUCAGGGAAACUACAAGCAUUUGGCAAUGAGUGCUCCAUUGGCCAGAUGGAGCAUGUGAGAGAGAUGCAGGAGAAGCUGGCCCGUUUGCACUUUGACCUCUAUGGUGAGGUGGACGAAAUGCCUGAGGACCAGAGGAAAAUGGCCUGUGACACCAACAUGGACAAGUUACUUCUUAAUCUUGAGGAGCUGAGCUCAUCUAUUCAGAAGCUGAACCUAGCCGACACCCAAGAGAUCCCGAGGACUGCCAGCAUGUGAUUUUCUCUUUUUUUCUCAACCUCAUUUGACCCGACCAUUUGUUUUACACCACCUAGAGAGGCUGCAGCAGAUAAGGUUGACUUGAAGCAAGCUUGUAGGCACUUUUUCUAGUAUUACAGCAGAAACAAAGCUGAUCACCAGCGUUCCCUGUCUGCACAGGGGGAUGGAUGUAUUGUAAGAUGCCCUAGUAAGGAUGCACCAACAGUCUUUAUUUUUCAUGGCUCACAGUAUAGCAAUGGUAAGUGCUAAAUUCAGUGGCUUAUAUUAAGAAGGAAAUAGAUCUAAUCUCAUUUUACUAAAGAGGAAGAUAAAAAAUAAUUAACUUCACUGAGCUAUGAUUGAAUCUCGCCACCUCCUCUAAUAAAUCAGACACAGUAUAUUAUCUUUUCUCUUCUAGUCAGAUCAUAUUGGCAGUGGUACAUCCCUAUCAUGGCCUGUUUAAAGUCAAGUUGUAGUCAGUUCACCCAGACUGUCUAGAUUUGUAAUGCAUUGUUAACCAAAGUGAAAUUGACAUAGAACUCACAGAGAAUAUCCUCAGUGUUUAUCAGCCUUGUUAGAAGUGAACUGACUGCAGACUUGCUCCUUUUAGCAGUUUUCAGAUUUCUGUAAACUCACUCUGUUGCACUUUUUCACAUCUAUUGUCACAGGUCAAUCAGUGUCUGUAAACUAAAGACCCAGAGCUUGAUAUAUCAAAAUAUAGAUACUGAAAGAUGUUUAUAAUUGUUUCUCAACAUAGAGCUUUAAAUACAAGCUAGAUCUAAUCUGUGAGACGACAAGAAAGUAUUCCCUUCUUUGAUUAAAUUAUAGUUAAACUAAAACCAAAAAUAACAUUUAAACACAGUAGAUUUUCACGUAGAAACUGCGCUGUAAAUUAUGAGUAAGGAAAAAAAAGCAGUGAGUCCAGUUUGUGAUUUUGCAUAUGAUUUCUUGCUGCAUGUGAGUGGCCUGAUAUCACCUCCAACACAUUGUUCAGUGUUGAAUAUAUUUGCACAUAUCCAUGCUACAUGCAAAACACUCUCACGGUCACUGGUGUGUUGGUUUGAUGCUGGAAAAGACUCAAUAAUCCACAUGUUGACAUCACAACCAUGCCUUAAUUUUUUAAUUUGAUCAUUUUUGCCUUAUUGUUUUUAAUCUUUUCAAUGACAUCUAAAUGGUUUUAGGUUUGGAUUCUGUUUUUAAGAUAAUAUAAUCAUCUGAUGCUGCUCUGAUUGUAAAUCCUAUUUUAUUUUGUGACUUAUUUUAACCAGUGUUGUUGGGGAUGUGGGAUUAUUUUGAAGUGUUUUACUGUUUUACCUGUGAAGUGAUAUUAUUUUUAUUGACUUAUUAAUAAAUGUGUUGUCUGACAA